UGCGUAGUUACACGUGUUGACAUUUACUACAGCUGUCACCCACAUGUAACUUUAUCUAAUCAAUGGCAAGUUGGAGAAACGUCACGGAGUGAAAGGUGAAUGAAAAGGGCACAGAGAUCGGAACAAUGCACUGUAUGAGAAUCUUGGUCUGGUGUCUGGUGGCUUUGUUGGGGGUACUGGCCGGGGAGGAUUUCUAUCUGCUGUUGGGGGUAGAGAGAUCUGCAACAACCAAAGAAAUCCGGAAAGCCUUUAAGAAGCUUGCUAUAACCAAACAUCCAGAUAAGAACCCGGAAGAUUCUAAAGCCCAUGACAACUUCCUAAAAAUAACACGUGCCUAUGAGGUCCUGAAGGAUGAGGAUUUACGGAAGAAAUACGACAUGCAUGGAGAGGAGGGGCUAAAGGAGGACUUCCACGGAGGAGGGCAAUAUGAGAGCUGGCACUUUUACAAUGAGGAAUUUGGAAUAUAUGAUGAUGACCAAGAAAUAAUCACUCUAAGUCGUUCAGAUUUUGAGCAAUCAGUGGAUGGUACAGAGGACAUUUGGUUUAUCAACUUCUACUCGCCUCACUGUUCACACUGUCACGAACUGGCUCCAACUUGGAGGGAGGUUGCUAAGGAAUUGGAGGGGGUUAUACGUAUCGGAGCUGUCAACUGUGAGGACGACUUCAUGCUCUGUCGACAAAACGGCAUCCACUCCUUCCCGUCACUCGUUAUGUUCCCAGCUAGAGAGAAAUACCAUGGCAGCAGAGAAAACCGUGAUCUUGUCAAGCAUGCCUUAAAGUUUGUCAAGGCAGAGGUGAUUGAAUUGUGGGAUGGAAAUUUUCAGAAGUCUUUGGAUGAGCGAUCAGAGAAACCAUGGAUGAUUGCAUUCUGUGGAGAAGAAGCAUGUUUAUCAAGAACUAACAGACUGAAGCUGGCGGCCAUUCUGUCAGAUGUGGUGAACUUUGGAACACUGAGAUGUAAACACAAUGAAGACCUGUGUGACAAACUAGGCAGGGAGCAUGGGAUUAUCUACUACGGAACAGAGGGUGUGGAGAAAGAUAACAGCAUUGAAAUCUCUGGAGCAGAUCCCCAAGAAAUAGCUUUCCAGGUGAUGUCUCAGCUCCCAGAUGUUCAAAAUCUCAACAAGGAUGUAUUUGAGAACAUAAUAAGGAAGAUGACAAAGGGACAGGAGAAGGACUGGUUGAUCCAUUUUGUGGAUGAUGAGGAACAUCAGGAUAUCGAGUUCAGGAAACUACCCGCCAUGCUGCCAGAGUUCAGGGUAGGACGAGUCAAUUGCAGAAAACUUUGGGAAAUCUGCAGAAAGCUUCAUGUCAACAAAUUCCCAGCAUUUUAUGUCUUCAAAAGAAGUGGAGGAUAUGAGAUUUAUUAUGGAAGAGCAACAGCACAUGAUGUGUCUGCUUUUGCCAGAGACAGUGCUGGAACUAAGCUGGUCUCCCUGGGUCCUGAUGACUUCAACCCCAGCAAAGUCGGGCCUGAUAGCAGGGAACCCUGGUUUGUGGACUUCUUUGCACCUUGGUGUCCCCCCUGCAUGAGACUGUUACCAGAGUUCAGAAAGGCUGCACGGGAUUACAACGGUGGAGUCAACUUUGGAACAGUGGACUGUACCAUUCAUGGAGACCUUUGUCAAGUGUAUAAUAUUCGGUCGUACCCCACCACCAUUUUCUACAACCAGUCUGUUCCUCAUCAAUACCAUGGCCACCAUGACUCCUACCAUAUCCUGGAAUUCAUACAGGACACAUUGAGUCCUCCAGUGGUAGUUCUAGACAGAGAGAAGUUCACACAGCUUGUACAUGGAGCAGACAAGGACACUCGCUGGUUUGUGGACUUCUUUGCUCCGUGGUGUGGUCCCUGCCAGCAGCUAGCCCCACAGUGGAGGAAACUGGCCAAGAUGUUACGAGACUUUGAUGGAGUUAAAGUUGGCCAGGUGGAUUGUCAGGCCCAUGGAGACCUGUGUGGCUCUGAGAAUGUCAACUCUUACCCCACCAUAAGAUUGUACAGCAAAAGUGAACAGGGCUUUUCUCAGUUCCAUCCUUACAACAAUUGGGCUAGAGAUGCCACAGCUAUUAUGGCAUGGAUGUUUGAAUCAAAUUUAGUGCCAUCUAACCUCGAAGACAUUAAUAACAAUAACUUUUACUGGAAUGUGUUAAGAAGUUCAAAACCAUGGCUGAUUGACUUUUAUGCUCCAUGGUGCAACCAUUGUCAUAUGUUCAGGCCCAAGAUUGAGCUAGUAGCCAAAAAAUUAAAAGGACGUGUAAAUUUUGGGAAAGUGAACUGUGAUAGGGACCAGGGACUUUGCCAGCAAGUUGGUCUAUCUGGCUAUCCCUCCAUCAGACUUUAUAGGGGAAUCUAUCCUGGCCAGGAUGCACAGCAUCCUUUUGGUGAAGACAUAGAGAUAUAUGAAGCACAGGAACUUUUAGAUUAUCUUCAUGAAAUCCUUCCAGAAGUUUCAGAGCAGCAGCCUGAAGCUGAUAGAAAUCCAUUAGACCAUGACGAACUCUGAUAAAACGCAAGAUUAGGUUUUAACAAAGAGUUCCUUUUUUUUAUGUUCUACAAGGGUGAUGUGACAAAUUUUAACAUUGAUAUAUUUUUUUAGAUUUGGGUACUUUCUAUGUGUUGAUGAUCUGAUGAUGCUUAUUUUUAAACAAUGUCAUGUAAUAUUAUUAUGUACAUGUAUAUAUCAAACAAUGCACAGUAUUAUUUGUAGCAAUAAUUAAAGUAGGACUUAGUCACUGAACAUAUAGAAUCUACCUAUCUAGUCAGUCGAAUGUAAUACAGUAUAUUUUAAUUAAUUCAAGUUUGAAAAUACUUUUUAUUCAAAUGACUGUUGAUUUUAAUAUCCAGUUAAAUAAGGCCAGUACAAAGUUUUGUACAUCAAAUUGCAUGUGAGUCUCUACUCCAACAAGAUGAAAAUAUAAAAAAAAUUAAGAAUAUAUGGAGGUUCCUAUAGCUAUUCUGACACAAGGAUAAAAAUCUUGAUUUUCUAAAUAGUUAAAUGUAUUGUGAAAAUUCUGAGGAUAAGUCAAGGUUAAUAGCAUGUGAUAUAAUAUAAAGAAUAUCCCAUUUCAUGUACAUACAUGUAGGAAUGAAUAAUUCUUGAUCCAAAAAAAUGAGGGGUCUUUUCCACCUUAGUUUCAAGAUCUGGUGAUGAAAAAACCUUGUGUGAUGAAUUUAAACUUAUAUGUAAACCUAAGAUUUAAUCUUAUUUACAUGUAAAAUCCUACAAAGAUCCUUUGUUUCCAUUGUACUGGUAUGGAGGUACUCGUGUUUUAUGUGCUAUUGGCUAUUUUGUCUUGCCUGUGAAUGGUGGUAUCGAUGCUCAUGAUAAUCAUCCACUGUUUUUUUUGUGUGUACCUAUUUCUUGCUAAAUAUUUUAACUUAAUUUAUUAAUAUUUGUUGUCUUUUACUGCAAUAUGGUUGUAUUUUAUUUUCUAAAAGACAGAUAUUUAUAAUAUUGACUUUUUUCAAACUCUAAUGUUAUAUCAAAUGAUGCUUUUGUUUAUCAAUGAAAUAGUGUUACACUUUUGCCUCUUUUUAAAAGUUUCAAUCUAUAAAUGUGAUAAUGGAGGUUAUUGAAUGGAAAAGACUCCUGUAAAAUUUUACAGAAUCAAAAAUCAGAUAUUAGUAGCAAUAAAAUAUACAUUUUAUUUUUAGGCAAAAAAUACCAAAAGUUAAAAGCUUUUUCUCAAACAUAUUUUUGAAGUAAUUAUGUAAUUAGAGUGUAUAAUUUAUUUUGUCACUUGAAAUUUUGCAAAUUUAACAAAUUUUCCCGCUUUUCAAAUAUUCACAAGCGGAAUUUUGUUGAUUUGGUAUAAAAUCUCAAAAUAAGCCAACUUAUUAUGCUUCUGACAUAACAUGCUACAUGUAUACAUUUUUAUUUUCAAAAAAUGUGACAUAAUUUAAAAAAUGUAUUUUAUCUUGAUGAAUUUAUAACUUGUAUUCACAUGCUUUCAGUUGAAUUUAUUACAUUGAAUGCAGUCUCCAUUAUAACAUCACAUUGUGAUUGGGAUCUGUUAGAGAGAAAAAUAAUUCAACAAACAUUCCUUGUCCUUUGAUUAAGUGCCUUCAAUUGGAAACAUGUGACAUAUAAAUUGUGAUAAAAGUAUCGUUUUGUGAAGAAUAUUGUGUUCAAAAUCUUCAUGUGUGUAUAUACAUGUAAUAGAUCUAUAUAGUAUAUACAUCAUAUCAUGGUGCACCAUUUGUCUCAAUCACGUUUAUGUUUGUUUUAAUCAUUUUGUGUAAUAUCCAUGUGAAACUAUGAAAUAUUUUUCCCGAGUAUUAGAAUUGGCAACUUACACACCUUUUUAUUGGCUUUGCAAAUGUGAAAUACAUGUAUGUUGGAUUCUUAACAAAAUGUGGAAAAUUCAUUUCGUCAUAUUGACCUAUGUAUUAGUAAUACUGAAAAAAACCCAGUCAAUACUUAUAGAUGUACUAAUAUAUCAUCUAAUUAGGGAAAACAGUAACUACAUGUGAAUGCGUAUUCAGAGGAAUGUGAAGCUGAAAUAUUUAUGCCAUGUAUCAGGAAAAUUUCAAAACCUCUCUUCUGCAUAUCCCAAUGAAUUGUACCUUACAUUUAUUAUAUUUGUGACAAAAAAAAAACGUUUGGUCAUAUAACUCUUCUAUAAUUUAAUUAUAUUAGAUUCUCUUUGAAUUUAUUUGACAUUUAAAUGUUACAAUUAAAUGAUACGUAGCUCAUGUGUCUUAGAUAUGUUUUGUCUAGCUUUCUAAAUUAAUGAAGAUUUUUAAAAGAAAAGAAAAAAUCUCAGCUUCAUUUCAAUUCAUUAUUUGAUGAUGUUCAGCAGACGAUUAUUUGUAGCUUAGUUAAAACAUCAUAGGUAUACUUCAGAAUAUAGACAGUUUUUUCAAUAGACAGCUAAUGCCUACAAUGUUUGAUUUCCUAGACAUUUAUACAACUGUUUUAUCCAUGGUGAUAGCAAUAUUUUUUUCUGUUUUGCUUUGACACAGUAAAACAAAUUGAUGUUAAAGAUUGUAACUGAUAUGUGCCAAACAAGUGUAAAUGCUUCCGAAUAAAGAAAUACUAUAUAUGCAUGUUCAAAGGAUCUUAAGCAUAUUUUUAACUUCAAUUUUAUUGUUAUUACAGUAAUAUUUUAUAAACCACGUGUGAAAAGAUAUUGUACGAUUGAUGAAUGCACACUGUUGUCUUCAACACCAUAUUUAUUUUCUUAUACCUGUAAAUAGAAAGGUCAAUGAAAAUAAAAUUAUGAAUGAU